AUGAAGCCACUUUUUGAAGCUUGCGUUGUUGAAAAAAAACAUACGGAGCCCAUCAUUACUGAUUCACCCCUACCAUGCCAGACCACCACACGCCUGAUUGUCCUCCAUGCAGAACCCCUGCGGAUCACCGCCUGCUUCUUCUCCUUCGUAAGCCUCUUGCUGUCCAUCAUUGCCCUGGCUUCCAACUACUGGGUCCAGGAUCUCGAGGGCACACAUGCAGGACUGUGGAAAGUAUGUCGUGCUAACAUUUGUAUGUCAUAUGGGAUGGAUGUGCACGCUUAUGAACACAUCGUCCGAGCCUUCCUGUUAAUGGGGGUGGCGGCCAGCAUUAUUUCCUUCUUUGGUCUUUGUGCCUCGUUUUUCCUCACCCACAUUGGCUCCAUUCCCAUAAAGCUUCUCACUGUAUCGGCCAGCAUUGUGGCAGCUGUUUGUUCCGUGGUUGCCAUGGCCAUACACACAGCAGCGAACUAUCGUCAAUUCUCAGGCAUCGAAAUGUUGUUUGGAUGGUCCUUUGGUCUUGGCUGGGCCCUGUUCCCGCUGUUCCUUAUAACCAGUGAGUAUGUAUCUGAUUGGAACUGA